CUCUUUCAGUCUGCCGCCCUCCUCCCACUUUCUUCAUGUUCAUCCCCAAACCUCUCAUGAUAUCUGAUUCCAGUGGCAUUAAUUAACACAGUAUUGCAUAAUUUUGAAAAUAAGAACUGUAAAGUAAUAUAUAUUUUCCAGUAAAAAAAUUCAAAUGAUCAUAGGUUCAGAAUUUUUAAGUACAGUUAUGAUACCUUGCUUCACUGACUGAUACAUAUGUCAUCAUUUAAUUAUUGAUUUGUCUUUUUAUUCUUUUUAUACAUUUUUUACAGUAGUGGCCAUAAUAUAGCGGUCCCAGGCAUAAGAAGUAAGAGCGAGUAAAAUCAAUGAAAGGUGGAUAUCCGAGAGGUUUUCAGCUCUGGGUCUCGUGCACUCGAGAGGGUUGCUGCUCGAUUUGGAGUACGAGAAAGGCAUGGGGGGCGCUGACGAUAAGGAAGGUUCUGAGACGAAGGGGGGGACGAAAGAAACGACGGAGAGCGGUGUAUACGAAGGUGCGAAAGACGAGGGAAUAGUACCUGCAGAAGGCGCAGAGGAGGACAAGCAAUGGCGGCUGCUAUAUUCAGAAGAGGAGCAAAUUGUAUUAGGAGUAGUGCCCCGGGGAUACGCCUUAGCCAUGCCCAAGCUGCAUGUAGGGAGAUCCUUGGCAGUGAGCUGGAGGGUAUAAGGGCAGCUGGCACGUGGAAGACGGAGCGAGUCAUCACGUCGAAGCAAGCUGUCAAUAUCAGUGUCCAGGGCCAGAGUGGGCAAGUUCUCAAUUUCUGCGCCAAUAAUUAUCUGGGUUUGUCUAGUCAUCCGGAGGUAGUUCAAGCUGGAAAAGAAGCUUUGGAUAAAUAUGGCGCAGGACUGUCAUCUGUCCGAUUUAUUUGUGGCACACAAGACAUACAUAUGGAACUGGAGGAAAAGAUUGCAAAAUUUCAUGGUCGUGAUGAUGCUAUAUUGUAUGCUUCAUGCUUUGAUGCAAAUGCAGGGCUAUUUGAAAUCCUCCUUACUCCUCAAGAUGCUGUGCUUUCUGAUGAAUUAAACCAUGCAUCCAUCAUUGAUGGGAUCAGGUUGUGCAAAGCUCAGAAGCACAGAUACAGACACAAGGAUAUGGAAGAUCUUGAGGCCAAGUUGCAGGAAAGUAAAGAUGCUCGCAUGAAACUAAUUGUAACUGAUGGAGUGUUCAGUAUGGAUGGAAAUGUUGCCCCACUACCAGCCAUAUGUGAACUAGCAGACAGAUACAAUGCCAUGGUCUUUAUUGAUGAAUGCCAUGCCACUGGAUUUUUUGGUUCAACUGGAAGGGGAACAGAAGAACACUUUGGAUUGUCUCCUGGUCGUGUUGACAUCAUCAACAGCACCCUUGGGAAAGCCUUGGGAGGAGCUGCUGGUGGAUAUACAACAGGUCCGAAGGAACUUGUUACUCUUCUGAGGCAGCGUGCAAGACCUUACCUGUUCUCUAACUCAAUACCUCCUCCAGUUGUAGCUUGUGCAAACAAAGUAUUUGACCUUCUUUUAGGAAGUGCAGGAUUUGCAGAAAAAGUCCAAGCUAAUACCGAUAGAUUCCGAUCACAGAUGACAGAGGCUGGUUUUACUAUUGCUGGGGAGAAUCACCCCAUCUGCCCUGUUAUGCUAGGAGAUGCUCGCUUGGCUUCACAAUUUGCUGAUGCAAUGCUCGCAAAAGGCAUAUAUGUGAUUGGCUUCAGUUAUCCUGUAGUACCAAAAGGCAAAGCAAGAAUCAGAGUGCAGAUUUCAGCAUCCCAUUCAUUUGAAGAAGUUGAUUACACAGUUGAAGCCUUCAAGCAAAUUGGCAAGGAAUUGGGUGUUAUCAGCUGAAUAUGCCCAUUCUUUGUUAUCAUUAAUCUGAUCAAAAGGGGUUAGCAACUUAUUGUUAGGUUAUCUGAAUAAAAUGUUUAUUGUCAAA